AUGGACAAGCACGACGACCACUACAUUCGCCUCUUCCUGAUUCAAGCUUGCUCACAACACAAAACUGCAGAUGUGGCGGAACUGUCAAGAGGGAGCAGUGACGAUGCGAUCAAGCAUCUCCUCGCUUGCAUGGAGUUCGAUGACUGGCACAGUUGGCUCCUCCGUGACAGUCUUCCGGAACAAAGCGGUCUUUGUAUCCACCGCUUAGCUUUCUGUGUUGGCGAGUGUGAUGGCGGGUUCCACUGA